AUGAACGUCAAUCGCACAGUGCUCCCUACCCAAAGUGCACCGGCACUAUCGGAAACGCACAGUUCUUCGUACCACCCUCAUGCUGGAAGUGCUAAUCCAAUCUCUGGCGCCGUGCACGAGGAUUCUACGCAGUCUGACGCUGAUCAUCAUGACCUAUCCCAUGGAAUUCAUAACAUUCCUGAAUACCCAGCUAAGCGCACCGCAUCUGCUUUGGAUUCCACGUCUUCUGGCGCACCCCACGAGGGAUCCCACGAGGCAGGAUGGUGUGCUCCCUUUGUCCGCCUGUAUCGGAACCUGAUACCUUACGGUGGAGUGGCAUCCGGUACCUUUUCCCUCUGCUCUGUCACUCUGGGCGGUGGUAUCAUUUCGAUGCCAUCAUCCUUUGCCAGCAGUGGUAUUAUUAUGGCCAUGAUCUACCUUGUUGUGGUUACUAUUCUCACUAUCUACACUAUGACCCUGAUGGGGUACGCGAUGGAAAAGACAGGGCUCCGAAACUAUGAGGAGAUGGGUCGCAGCUUCUUCGGGAAGUGGGGUGGUUACUUCACUGGUGGCAUAAUGGCCUUGUCGUGUGUGGGCACUGCCAUUGGUUACAUCAGUGCUGCUGACUCCCUCGUAAACCCCAUGCUGCAGAAAUCUAGCCACACAUCGGAGUACUUCAAGACGAGCAACGGUAACCACCUCGUCACGACCUUCAUCUGGCUGCUCCUCAUGUUACCGGUGGUAAUCCCGAAACGCGUCAACAGUAUCCGCUACGUGUCGUCGAUAGGUGUUACGAUGGUGAUGUAUUUCGUUUUAACUAUCGUAAUACAUAGUAUAACCAACGGAAUGAAGCUGGGCAUGCGCGACGAUAUGGAGUACUUCACUACAGGAAACAAGGCGAUUUACGGUCUCUCAAUCUUCGUUUUCGCCUAUAUGUGUCAAGGGCCUGCGUAUUCAAUAUAUUUCGAGAUGAAACCCAAGCCAUCAGUGAAGAAACUAACUCUUUCAAGCAUCAUCGGACUGUCCAUCUGCAUGAUAUUCUACAUCCUCGCUGGUGUGUUUGGGCUAUUUGACUUUGCGGGGGAAACCGAAGAGUCUGUCCUCUUUAACUUCGACCCUAUCCACGAACCCUAUGUGAUGGUAGCCUACAUUGGCAUGUUGAUUAAGAUUUGCGCUGCGUAUGCGAUGAACAUGAUCCCGAUCCGAAACUUCCUGUACUACUGCAUAAGCUGGGACCUAGACACCGUACCGUACUGGAAGCACUCCGUUCUCAUUGUGUUUGUUUCAGGGGUGAUGCUGAUUACGGGGCUGUUCAUUCCAUCUGUCAACCUUGCAUUCGGUCUGGUAGGCUCGCUAACCGGUGGAUUUGUGGGCUUCAUUUUCCCGGCGUACUUUUGGAUGUACUCUGGCAACUGGUCGCUGAAGACGGUGGGUAUUUGGCAUUAUCUAGCGACGUACACCCUACUUGUGGUAGGCGUAAUUGCCAUCGUCUUUGGAUCCAUAGCAACCAUCUAUGCAUCUUUCUUCGACUCUUAA